AUGAGUAACUUGGCAGGAACACUUUUUGGAUUAUUGUUGGGCGUGCAAUGUCUGACAGAGUUGCAUGGAGUCUUCAUCCUGUUCACAAAUGUGACCUGCGAGAGCAAGGAUCUCAGCAUUAGUGUUGUGGAGUACUGCGAGGUGACGUCUCUGGGAAAGACCAAAAACAGUGUUAGACUACGGUACACUAUGCCCAAGCCAGUCUUUAAGAACAUAGGGUUCCACUUUCAGCUGAUGACGAAGGGCAGUGAAAGUAUCAACGGAGUUUCCAAUUGGCAACCGUUCCUCUAUGGCAUGAACCUUGACAUGUGUCGAUUCUGGAAGAACCGGCACAACUAUUUGGCCAAGAUGGUAUUUGAACUUAUAGAAGGUCACUCCAACCUGAACCACAGUUGCCCCUAUUCGAAUGAAAAAUUCAUCGCCAUCGAUGGCAUUACAAAUACUGAUAUAUCCAGCAAGAUCCGCGGUAUUCCUUUGACCAAGGGCUCCUACGCCUUGUUCACCAAGUGGUCAACGGAGAACAUUACUCGAGUUUUGACCAAAUUCUACUUUGAUGUCUUGAGUGUUUAA